UUCGCCUGAGGAACUUUAACAUUUUGGAUUCUCGAUUCUGUCUCCAAAGUUUUACCGCUCUCUCUCUCUCUCUCUCGAUUCGCCAAGGAAAAGCCCUUUCAUGCUUCCUUUCUAUCUCUGAUUUUGAUCGUCUCAUCUCUCUCUUGUUUGUAUGUGGCUUCUUCUUCCCUUUUUUGCCUCUGUUUCUUUGGAACCACUGGAUUGUGUUGUUUUCCGGGUGCCAGUUUUCUACUAACUCGCCGGAAUUUGUUGUCCUUUGGACCUGGCGAAAAAUUCGGCGGAAUUUCCCUUUUAAGCGCUUUCUUUUGCAGGAAAUCGCGGUGCUAUUUUCCAAAAGGCUUUCAUUUUUCUCUCUUCUGUGUUGUUUUUUUCUGGUUGGAUUUAGAGAUGGAUUGGAACUUUACAUCCUAGUCUUCUGGAAUGGUUAAAUGACAGUGAUUACCCUUACCUUUUAUAAAAUUCCCCAAAAAAUCGUCUUUUUUCUAAAACUAGAAAUUAUUAUUUGAGAAAUAUUUCCAUUUUCCCUCCACUUUUUAAUCUAGCAAAAAAGCAAAAAAAGAAGGGGUGGGUGUAGGCAUUUUGGGGAUUUGGAAUGAGCUUUUUAGGUUUGAAGUCGCGAUCAUCCUUGGGCACCUCGCUUUUUUGUUUCCUUUCAAGGUGUCACUUUCCCCUCUUAUUUUUAUCAUGAUUUUGUCAAAAAGUCUCUUGUGGUUCUCAUUUCUGAAAAACUAUUAUUAAAAAAUUAUUUCUCGAGACCAUGCCGUUUGGAUACUUAAGGCCGUCCAUUUGGUCUGACGCGUGUCGACCGUUCACUCCUUGUAAUGGACGGUUCUUAUUCCCCAGGAGUGAACGCGAGACUUGCCAAUGUCAAAAAACAAAAACUCAGAAUUCUUUGUCGGCAGCCGUAGGUUAGAGAGAGAAAACGAUCAAUUGGGUCAAUUGGGGUUGUUAGGAGUAGAAAAAGAGAGAGUUUGAUAUCCCUGUGGAAUUGAAUAUCCGAGCAAUUAAAGAGAGAGUUGGAUUUCCCUGUGGAAUUGAAUGUCCGAGCAAAGAGAGAGAGAGAGAGAGAGAGAGAGCUGGAUAUCCAGUGAGCCGAGAGAUAAGAGUGGUCAGAGUCAGUGUUCGAUUGCACGAACUGGCUGGUUCCCGGUCUACCGGGCUGGUUUUCUGAACACUGGUCAGAGUUGUGUCCAGAGAGAGAGUGUUUGUGUAUAAGUCUGUGUAGAAAGGGAUAGUUGGGUUUUAGAGAGAGAGUGUUUGUGUAUGUCUGGGAACCACCACAACCAGCAAAAAGCCAGUAAAAAUCUCAGUUUUCCAGAGAGAGCCAAGGUGGCUUAGGGGGCCAUGGCCAAAGAAAACCUCCAAGUCCUCGCUGCCCUCGAUGUUGCUAAGACCCAAUGGUACCACUUCACCGCCAUUGUCAUCGCCGGUAUGGGGUUCUUCACCGAUGCCUAUGACCUCUUCUGCGUCUCUCUAGUCACAAAAUUACUGGGCCGUAUCUACUACUACGAGGACAACACCCGUCCUGGGUCCCUCCCCCCGAAAGUGUCCGCCGCUGUCAAUGGAGUUGCGUUCUGCGGGACCCUCGCAGGGCAGCUCUUCUUCGGGUGGCUUGGCGAUAAGCUGGGCCGAAAGCGUGUCUAUGGUAUUACCCUCAUGGUCAUGGUCGUGUGCUCCAUUGCCUCUGGCCUCUCCUUUGGCUCGUCCCCGAAGGGUGUGAUAGCAACACUAUGUUUCUUUCGAUUUUGGCUUGGCUUUGGAAUUGGGGGGGACUACCCGCUGUCAGCUACUAUUAUGUCAGAAUACGCAAACAAGAGGACACGAGGAGCCUUCAUCGCUGCAGUGUUUGCGAUGCAAGGGUUUGGGAUACUCGCUGGGGGAAUGGUGGCAAUCAUAGUGUCUGCGGCGUUCCAUGCUAAGUUUGAUUCGCCCCCAUUUGAAAAGGUAGGGAAGGCAUCAACAGUGCCUGAGGCAGACUAUGUGUGGAGGAUUAUAGUGAUGUUUGGGGCACUGCCAGCAGCCCUUACGUACUACUGGAGGAUGAAGAUGCCCGAGACCGCUCGUUACACCGCGCUUGUGGCGAAGGAUGCCAAACGGGCAGCGGCCGAGAUGUCUAAGGUCCUCCACGUCGAAAUUCAAGCAGAGCCUGAGAGGCUUGAGCCCCAGGCUAAUGCCAACUCCUUUGGCUUCUUCAGCCGGGAAUUCGCUCGCCGCCAUGGCAUCCACCUCUUUGCCACCUGCUCCACAUGGUUCCUCCUGGACAUUGCAUUCUACAGCCAAAACCUCUUCCAGAAAGACAUCUUCACAGCAAUUGGAUGGAUCCCCCCUGCCAAAACAAUGAACGCUAUCCAAGAGCUCUAUUACAUUGCUCGUGCCCAAACCCUCAUUGCUCUGUGCUCUACUGUUCCUGGCUACUGGUUCACUGUCUUCUUCAUCGACAAAAUGGGACGUUUCGCCAUCCAAGUCAUGGGAUUUGGGAUGAUGACCAUCUUCAUGUUUGCGCUUGCCAUACCCUAUAAUCACUGGACCCAUCAUGACAACCGCAUUGGGUUUGUUAUAAUGUAUGCUCUCACCUUCUUCUUUGCGAAUUUCGGGCCAAAUGCCACCACAUUUGUUGUGCCCGCCGAGAUCUUUCCAGCAAGGCUUAGGUCAACUUGUCAUGGAAUAUCUGCUGCAUCGGGUAAGGCUGGGGCCAUAGUCGGGGCAUUUGGGUUUUUGUAUGCAGCCCAAAACAAGAACAAGGCGCUCACUGAUCCCGGUUAUCCAGCUGGUAUCGGAGUGAGGAAUUCAUUGAUUAUGCUCGGUUGUAUCAAUUUCUUGGGGACAUUGAUCAGUUUGUUGGUGCCUGAAUCGAAGGGAAAAUCGCUAGAGGAGAUGUCAGGUGAGAAUGAGGUCGACGACGAGGGGCAACAGGGGCAAGAACUCUCUAACCGGACAGUACCGGUUUGAUGGCGACAUGCAUCUUUUCUGAUGAACCACUUAUUUGUUUCACGUUUUCUAUCUCUAGGUAUCUUUAACUGGAUGAUCCCUGUCUGGUGAUGUAUCCAAAACCCAUAUGUUGUUUUCCUCUCGAGUCCCUAUUAUCUGCAGUUUUUCUCUCUGAUUGUACAGUGUCCGCCACCCUCUCAACAAAUUGGUUUGGGUUGUUUUGGUUUCAUUGUGUCUUUUGGUUUUUCAGUCCUUUUUCUUUGGCAAGCGAUUUGAUGGUGUGAUAUUACUGAGUCUGUAUUUCUUUUUGGAACUCUAGAUGAGAAACAUAAAGCAAGAAAAGAUUUCAGGCUUGGUGCAAUCUCUGUCUCUCUCACUGAGAGCUCUGAUUUUCUGUAGGAUUCUUAUGUCCCAGUUAGUUUCUCUAUGUUUGGCAAGAGUUUUGAUGGCUCUGGUUCUUAGUCAAAGUUUGAAACAAUAAAAUGACCAAAAAGCAAAGUUUGAAU